AUGUGUACCGAGAAAUUUUUCGACGUCAUGUGCUUCCAAGAAAACUGCAGCAACAUCGUCGUGUACAACCUCAGAUCGCUGGUACCCUGCGACGAUGUCGAGGACUCAGAGGGGAAGCUAGCGUUCGGCGGCUGUGGGAAACGCGAGCACCUAAAGGCCCCCAAGAUGAAAGCAGUCCAGGAAGGGAUGAAAUGCCCCGACUGCAGGCCCCAGCACGGGCAGGAGCUCGAGAGAGAGGCACGGAACCACGCACAGCAGCUCUACGAGCAAGUCGGGGAGCGGAUCGCCGAGGAGAGGAGCCACCAGCAGAUCCGCGACCAUGUGCGGCGUCUCGGGAGGGAGGUGAAUGAGAUGCGGAGGUCGCUGGAGGAGACGAGACCCCUCGACUUCGGCCGCUCGACGCCUGCGCCCCCGGACCCCCCCUCGGGCUCGGGGGCUGGAAAGGGUAAAUCUCCCGACCGUGGCGGUCGUGAUAACCAGCGUCCAGUGCCUGGGGAGCAGGACCAGGUGGUGUCCGGCGCUGGGGACUGGUCUGAUGGUCGCGGGGGUCAUGAUGGCCAUGCUCGUGGGCCCUCUGCGGUGGACGAGCACUCAUUUGAGAAUUUCGAUAUGUUAUUGGAGACGAUCGAUGUAGCCCAGGGACGGAAACGCCGGGAGGACAGCCCUGGUGAGGGAUCCAGUCGUGGCUCUGGUCAGGGUUCCAGUUAA